AUGUGGACAAGAAGAUCCAAAGAAACGGCAGUAGAGGAGGAGGAAGAGGAAGUCUUUGUGACUGGGAUGGACACCUCCUUUGUUCCUCAAGUAGAAGGAGAUGAUCAAGGAGAUGAUCAAGAAGAAGAGAUUGAUUUGACAGGAUUAGAAGAAGUCGAUUUGAAUAAUGGACAAGAUGAAGAAAUCGAUUUGGAAGAACAGCCACUCUACACGGCUUCUACUACCACGGCACAGAAUAUCAGAGCCAGUCUUGACAGUAACUCGUACCACUUUGUGACCGAUGCGAGUGACCGAGAUCACAGUCGUCUCUUGGAGUACAGCAGUCGACUCCUCCAACAAAGUCAACUCCAGCAACGGCAAGAUCGAUUGAAGCACGAGCGAGAUAGCGACAGUGAUAGUGAUAGUGAUAGUAGUGACUCGGAUGAGGAGAACGAGGAAGAAGACCAGCAGCAGCAUGAUCGAGGCAGGAGAGGAGAGUGGCAGAAUAGUCAGCACACUCAACCAAGACCUCAUCAAGAUCAAAAUGGUGGUGAAGAAGAAAAAGAAGAAGAAAACGACAAUCUCUCCCAAGCUUCUGAUUCUGCAGAACUCGACAGUCUCAGUACCAUCGAUUGGGACAAGGAUCGGGAAAAGACCAUUCUCAGUGGAAUCGUGUUUUGGGUGUGUAUGCAGCAAGUUCUGAAAUAUAUCUCGGUCGGAUAUGCCACUCUUUGCGAAUCCAUUAGUUGCUGUCAACCCGUAUUGCUCUAUCGAUGCAAAAAUUGGAUUACCAAGUGUUGUCGCAAAUUCAAAAAGGACGACGAUAAUGAAAACGAUCACGAUGUCGAUGAUGAUUACGAGUUGGGACAGGAGUUGGCCGACACUAAUAACACCACCACAAACAACAACAUGACGACUCAACAACCACAGCAAUCAGGAGGGAAUGGCAGCAGUAACAACAACAACACUACCCCAACCUCCACAGCCAUGGCGGUAGCGGCGGCGGGGAGUGCGGCCAGUGGGGCGGUUGCCGGGACCACUGCGGCCAUGACGGCUGCCGCAACAUCGGCCGGAAUGACAGCCAGUGUGGCUACGGCCUCGGUGGUGGGAGUGGCUGGAGUGGCCGUUGUGGUCGCCACGGGAUUGGCUCUGGGUACAACCAGUGGUGGACCUGCAAACGUGUCGUCAUCCACCGAACCAGCAACACUACCACUACCAUCAGGCUUUGUGCCACCCAACUGCUCCAAUUCUCAUUUGGCAGAAGAAAAAAUGGGAUUUGUGGAAUUCAAGAUUCAAGCAUUGCCACCACAUGCUCUUCUCAAUCACAAACACAUUCUGGAAGUACUAUUUCGGGAUGUCUACAAUGAAAUAUCUGGCAUGUGUCUUGAUCCAUUGUCCAGAAUUCUUCAUUUUGCCAAUCUGACACGAUGGGAGACCGACUGGGGAAACUACAGCAACAUCUAUGAUGACUAUUACCUUAUUGGUGCCUCCAACAAUAAUAAGACUACUGACAACAACAACACAACCAACACCAACAACAACACAAAUUCGCUAGAUGACUAUGAUCUGGCAGUGGCACAAUCCAUUACUACCACCUACUGGGAAGCCAAGCUCCAGUGUGUAGGAUGCCCUGACCGUGAGCCCCUAUUUGAUGUCGACGAUGACAUGGCCAAUGGCAUUCUCAAUACAGAUGUUACAAUCGUUACUGAUUAUGACCAGCAAGAGAUCCGAGUGGUGGCAGGGAGAGCCAAAGCGGUACAAGCGGAUGGGUCGGUCCAAGAAAAUGUCACAGUCUUGGUGAUUGAGACAGAGCAGAUACAAGAUGCAUCCACCGCUGUGGAAGAUAAUGGAGGCACGUUGGUGACACCUUUUGUUGACAAGAAUGGCCUUGCAGAGAUUGAAGAUUGUGCGCUGCAAGCCGGAGAAGAACAAGGGGAAUCCAGCUUUUGUGCCACUGUCUUGGGACUGGCAGAGGCUUUGGGGGUUUCAGUGGAAUUUGUGCUAGAUUGUACCAACAACCCAACAUCCACAGAGGAGUGCCAGAGAUUGUUGCCAGAUUUGCUUCUAGAAGCAUCCACUUCGGGAUCUGAUGGUGGUUCAACAACAACAGGUGGAACUGGCAUCAGUAUUGCCAAUCCUUCUGCUGGCAGUGAGAGUUCAACCGGUGGAACUGGAAUCAGCGUUGCUAGUCCUCCUGGCAGUGAGAGUUCAACCGGUGGCACUGGGAUCAGUAUUGCAAAUCCUCCCGGCAGUGAGAGUUCAACAGGUGGCAUUGGGAUCAGUAUUGCUAGUCCUCCUGGCAGUGAGAACGGCGACACCACUGCCAAUGUGCCAACCAUGGCUCCAGUUCCAACUGCUCCAUCAUUUGGUACAGCUUCAGUGAUGCUGCCUCCAUCCUUGGUGGAGUCUGUAUCCUCAGAAGCGUCCACACCCAACAACUCUGAUUCUCCCGUCUUUGACGACGUGCAGAAUGAACAGCCUUCCUUCAAUAGUCCUUAUUUGUCUGCUCCCUCCACCCCAACAGCUCCCAAUCCUGCAGCCAUGGGACCGUCUGUUUCUUCUAAGAAUCCAACAGUGGCGGAGAAUGAAAGAGAAAUUGAGGGUUAUCCAAAACCCAGUACAACCCAGCUUCCCUCUUUUGUUAAUCCAACAGCGGCAGCCAUAAUUGGACCAACUUCUGGUCCUGCAGCUGUCAGGCCACCCAACGAUGGCAACAAGCCAACCAAUUCAGGCGGCACUACCAACCAGGACACUCCCAGACCUUCUAUUAGACCAGCUGGCCCUGCAUUGCCAACACCAAGUACUACAACCACCCCAACAACGUCGAUCCCUACCUCAGCGAAACCAGCAGAAGUGGCAGUUCCGAGCAACAAUGCAUCACCAAGUUUUGAUCCUAGUGUAGAUCCUCCACCUAGUAUGGGGGCCGCAGGCCCUGUGCCACCCACUCUUGCCCCCAAUUCCAAUCCCACCAAUUUUGUCUCCCCAGCAGUCUCUCCCACCAUUCUAUCCAAUCCCACCUCUGGCAUUACUUCUCCUACAACAAAGGAUCCAGCUACCAUACCUGCUCCAUCCAUACAACCCACAUCCAAUACCCUUUCGGAACCAUCCAGCCCCUCUGCUCUCACCCCCAGCAGUUCAGCUAGCCCACAAGUUGUGAUGUUACAAUCUACAACCACCACAAGCAAUCCCAUCACCUACCCUACAGACACUCCUAGCCUAACCCCAACCACUCCUCCCCCCACAAUAAAUCCCACGGAUGUCCCUACACCGAACCCCACGCCAAGCCCUACACCAGACCCCACAGCAGACCCUACUCCAGAGCCAACACCCAACCCAACAUCAGAGCCCACGCCAAACCCCACAGCAGAACCAACAUCUGAACCAACAUCAGAGCCCACUUCUGCCCCAACUGUGAAUCCAAAUCCUCCUAGUGCCAUUCCGACUAAUGCAAACCCUGUUUCCACCACCCCUUCCGUCACACCUUCAUUGGCACCCACUACGGCGAGUCCUGCAGGCGAUGUCCCUACUGUGACUCCAGGCUCACCCAGCGCCAAUCCAACCACUAGAAGCCCCACUACAAGAACUCCAACAGUCACUCCUGGAAACCCCUCGCUGUCUCCAACCACAGCACGUCCUGCUGGUUCACAACCAACCGUGACUCCAGGCUCACCCAGUGUCAGUCCAACUUCUGCUCACCCAGCGCCAACCCAACUACUGGCAGCCCCACCACAAGAACUCCAACAGUCACUCCUGGAAACCCCUCACUGGCUCCAACCACUGCCAGUCCGUUUGGUUCACUACCAACCGUGA